CCAAUGAAAAUGCUCAGCAUUCCUAUCCUCAUUAACAUAUCACUUUGGGCGCUGCCUAUUUAAUCCGGGCUCCAAACAGCUUCUGCUUAUUAUUGUGUUUGAAGCCGACGGGGAAAUGCCUGAUGCACCGAAACCCGCUCCCAAGAAGGGCGCCAAGAAAGCUCCGUCCAAACCGACGAGCAAAUCUAGCAAGAAGCGCAAGAGGUCGAGGAAGGAGAGUUGCGCCAUCUACAUCUACAAAGUGAUGAAGCAGGUUCACCCCGACACCGGCAUCUCCUCCAAGGCCAUGACCGUCAUGAAUUCAUUCGUGAACGAUAUUUUCGAGCGCAUCGCGGAGGACAGCAUUGUAUUGCAACAGCCCGGCUGUGUAAGGCACAGCCCUUCAAAAUCUGUGAAAAUGACCCAAAACAAUGAAUAGAGCAGAACACGAAGAUUUUAACCACACAAGACGUCAUCCUUGGUCCAGAGCUGUGAGGAAUGAAGACUAUUUGGGGCAAAACCCUAGUGAAUUCAUCUUCUGCAGUUUCCAGAAAGUUAUGGAUUUAAUUCAAAGUAAACCUCUGCAGUCACAGGCUGAGCAGUUGCAAAAUGUAUAUUUUAGGGUGAGUGACAGGUGAACAGCAGUGAUGGAUUUGAAAGCUCUGGUGUAGAAUAGGAACGUGAGCUGGUACUAGAUGAACUGAGUGGCCUCUCUACUAUACAUUAGCUGUGUGACAGGCAGGAAGCUCCUGAGACACAAGAUUUGAAAUAGAGCUGAUUAAUUUGUCACAGAUCUACAACAUUAAUGCCAGAGUAUUUUCAGACUAACAUCAGCAGAACAAACACUCCAAUGCUCUGGGUCCAGGGUUCAGUCACAAUAUCUGCAGAAUCUGAUAUUGACAGUCUCACAUGAACUUCCAAAUAGAUUCAGUCAUCAUGAUGGUUAAAAUGUUCAUCUAGAGCUUUAUUAAACUUCUUCCCUGAUGUCAAGUUGCCAGUGUUUCUGCAGGUGGGAUUACUGAGUAAAUUUCUUUGCUGACACAAGACCGAAGUGUGUCCUCUAUGUAUUUUAAACUCACUGGAGCCUCACAAAAUGGCUGAACCGAUUGAAUCUCCUCCCACACUUGGAACAGGUGAGAGACAGAGACAACUGAGCCAAGUCUAGCUGCUCACCGGUGUGACCCGGCUGAUGGCGUAAGAGCCAUGUGACUGAAUGAAUCCUCUCCCACACACGGAGCAGGUGAAUGGCCUCUCCCCCUGUGAACUGGCUGGUGUAUCUGCAGGUUCAGUGGCCUGGUGAAUCCCUUGCAAAAUGAGAGGAAGUGAAUGUCAGCUCAGUGGUAUCAACUCUGUGGCCAUUUAUCAGGUCAGAUCAAGGACAUGUCAGUGUAUUGGGGUUCUCCUUGCUCAGACUGGUAUGCUGUCCUCUCAACCAUCUCCUCCUUCACAUUCAAUGAUUAGUAGUAUUCGAAUGUCGGGGAACUGAUAAACACAUGAGAAUAGACACACUGUUGUGUUUGAGAUUCUCAGACAUAAAUUCCUUGCCUUUUCUGCCCUGUAAAAUGUUUGCAAAGAAGACCAAUAGGUGAAAGACAACAUUUCAGCUGAGAUUAUUUAGUUUUUUCAUUGAUGUCUGAUGUCACACUGUUACAGAGAGGCUGAACACAAUUUGGUGGAUCAACACUUCUAACUGGGAAUAGUUCAGGCAUAAGGACACAACAUCAGAUUCUCUGUAUUCCUCUCUGCCCUUCAUCAAGCUGUGACUUGGCUCAGUUUGUCUCUCUCCAUUAGUACAGCUUCACAUUCCGGGUAUCUCCCACAGACCUACUAAGAACACGCAUUUGUUGGCAUUUGUCAGUGGUAAAGUCAGAGUCAGCAAUGCCAUUGAACCUGAAGAGAAUGUGAUCAGGCUUUCUCGUUGCAGACUGACACUGCGGUAUUCUUGUGGUGUGAAUGCUACUGGUACCCAGUAUGUUAUUGUGGAUUUUUACAAUUAAAAUGGCAUGGGGCAUUUUAUGUUUAGGGACAACUGUAACAACUCAUUUAUUAUCCUCCAAACACAGAAACAAAGCACGGUUUAAAAUUAAAUGACAUAAUUACAUCAUAACAUCUGUCCAGCCUUUUAAAGAGAAACACAACUCAAUGUUGGUGGUUGUUAAUUCUGCAUGUUUCCACCCAUUACAUUAAUCUACACAGACACCCCUCCCCCCCAGUCCUCUCACUGCUCCCCCUCUGUGAUUGUUAUAGCAGUUUAUUUCCUUUCAAUGUCAGUUCUGUCCGUUUGACAACCUUCCUCACCACCCACAACUGCACCAACAUUCAUAUCAUCAGUGAUCUGAUCAGCCCGUGUGUAUUUUAAUCAGAUCAUACAGAGGCCCCAUCACUGAUCACUGUGGACACACUGGUUACAUAGCUACAGUCAAAAUCAUUUUCAAUUCCAUCAGUCCGAAUGUUGCUACAUGAUACUGUUACGUACCCCGAAACUGGGUAUCUUACCAGCAAAGAGAGAAGUGUCCGUUUGAGUCUGGUGAUACUAUUUUCAACAAUAUUUAUUAGCAAAAAUAUACAAAAUAAUAUCAAUGCGAAUAUACGUUAACAAUACUAAACCUAAAAGUGCAGGUAGAAUAAUAAUCACUAGUGAAACAAGCUCCAUCGUUGUCUAGGGGAUAAUGAAUUGUCAGAUGGAUAUAUAAAGUUCCGUUCAGUUCAUGCAGGUUGUGGUAGUUGUUUGUCGCGGUGUUUCAAUUGUUGAGACAGAGAGAGAAAACGUGGGAACAGUAACAGCUAUUAUCUUGCCAACCUUCCUUUAUCAUUUUGACCCGUCGAUACGUUGUGGUUGUGGCCAUUCACGUAUGACCCCUCCGUCCUUCAGCUAGUCCAUUCUUCCGUGGUGGACUCGUCACCCAGGCAAGGGUGGACAACACACAAGCCCCCACCAGUCUCGCUACAAAACACUGUGAGUUAAAAGUUACCAACCCUUCGUUUGGUCUCCGGUAUCCCACCCUGUCUCGUGAGGUUCUGAUGCUCACUAGCGUUUCUGCUGGUGUGUCUGAGGGGUGUUACCCCAGACCUCACUUUUAUCCCCACUCACGGGGUUUCAGGUGUCAGUCAGGUUGGGAUGAUGUAACCCAUCAAACCAGCCCACUCUGGUUGCCCCCUGAGGGGUUUCAAUGAAUAGAAAUGUACCAAGUAAACAAUCCUUCUCCACAUGACAAUAGUAGUAAAUCAAUGGCUUUUGUCAGUAGGAGACGUUCCAUCUCAGCUGUGUCUCUCUCUCAUUCUCUUUCAUGAGCUGUUAUCAAUAACAACUGCUCUGGCAACUUUCCUUUAUCUUUCUUACUUCCUUGAUAACAGCAUUGAAAUAGUAGUGAUCUGCGAUUCUCCAAAAGGCGGGGGGGGGGGGGGCAUGGGCGAUAUUGCACCCUUCUGCUCAUCAGAGUUGUUCGUCCUUCGUAACAAUACAGAUCAUUCAAACCCUCCCACACAGAGACUCAAGGGAAGUUACAUAUUUAUCACAAGCCCAGAGUUGGAUUCAAUGGUCUGGUAUUGUUGCUCUGGAUGCUCUGCUGCAAAGUCCAUUCAGAGUAGUUCAAUGUAACCAGAUACAUCAUCCCUGAGGUACCAAUAUACAACAUUGUGUCACAAACAAGAGAAAAUCUGCAGUUGCUAGAAAUCCAAGCAACACACACAAAAUGCUGAAGGAACUCAGCAGGCCAGGCAGCAUCUGUAGGACAAAAAAAUACAGUCAAUGUUUCAGUCCAAAAACAUUCGGCAAGACUGGAGACAAAAAAGAUGAGGAGCAGAGUUAAAAGGUGGGGAUAAGGGAGAGAGAAAACAAGGUGAUGGGUGAAUCUUGAAAGCGAGGAAUGAAGUAAAGAGCUGGGAAGAUUGCUGAAAGAGAGAGAAGGCCAUGGAAGAAAGAAAAGAGGGGAGGAGCACACGGCAGAGGUGAUGGGUGGGCAAUGUGAGAGAAGAAAAAGGGGAGGGGAACUGGUAAGGGGGGCAUUACCAGACAUUCAAGAAUUUGACGUUCAUGCUAUCAGUUUGGAAGCUACCCAGAUAGAAAAUGUUGUACUUCCAAGCUAAGUGUGGCCUCAUUGCAUUGUAUGAUUUUUAUUUAAGAAGCAAACUUGAUCUAAUCAGAGUUCUAUAGUAAGACUGAAUCUGAAAGAACUUAAUACAUUUACACUGCAUGAGAAAUUGGAUGAUACAGUGUGAAGUCCAACUGCCACACUGUACCAGACAGUGACGGGUACAGAAUGAAUCCCGCACUCUCACACUGUACUAGAGAGUGACAGGUACUGAAUGAACCCCACACUCUCACACUGUACCAGAGACUGACAGAUACGGAAUGAACCCCCACUUUCACACUCUACCAGAGACAGAUGGGUAAAGACAUUCUGUUGUUUAACAAACAUGGACAACCCUCAUUACCACCUCAGUAGCACCACUUUGACCACUUCAUAAUGCAAUGGGCUCUUGUUGAAAUUCUGCUACCUCUUUAUAAUUCUGUAGAGUAUGUUUUUAUUUUGUAAAUGUUGUGUCUCCAAUACUGUGUGUCUUUGAAUCUGCUGUAAGCCAGUUGUAUAUAACAAUAAACAACUUUCAC